AUGCCAGCAGACCCUCAGACCAUCCAGGGCUACAAUGUCGUGACGCUCUUGAAGCGUCUCGAAGCCGCCACGUCUCGUCUUGAAGACCUGACCUCCGCUCAAAAGGCGCAUGUUGACGAGCGAGGUCCCCAGAACGCUGCAGCGACCAAGGCUGGCGUUGAUGCGCCCUCCCGAUCCUCUGCUGCUCCCGCUGCUCCCGCUGCCGCCACUUCUUCUGCUGCAGCCGAUGCCGACCUGCCCAAGUGGAUCUCCGAGUUUGAUGCUCUCAUCAAGACCCACGUUGACCCCUUUGUCGCUACCUCCAAGCAGCUCGAUGCCACCAUUGGCGAGCAGGCCGAGGCUUUCAAGAAGGCCUUCGAUGCCCAGCGAGACUUCUUGGCUGUCGCUGCUGUCGCCAAGAAGCCUGAACCCACCUCUUCCGCCUUUGCUGAGCUUGUCAAGCCCAUCUCCUCCAACGUGGAGUCCAUCAUGAACAUCCGUGAAAAGACCAGAGACCCCAAGGUGUCGUCUCAUCUGGCCACCGUGGCCGAGGGAGCUCCCCUGGUCGGAUGGGUCGCCUCAGACCUGCCUCUUCCUCUCAUUGGCGACUUCAAGGACUCCGCUCAGUUCUACUCCAACCGGGUGCUCAAGGACUUCAAGAGCGUGGACCCCAAGCAUGUGGAAUGGGUCAAGGGUUUCAACGGCAUCGCCGACGCUCUCCAAGCCUACGUCAAGGAGUUCCACACCACCGGUCCCACCUGGAAGGUUGGAGGUAUCCCUGUUGAGGAGGCUCUAAAGACUCAAUCCAAGUCUGUCGCUGCUCCCACUGCUGUCCCCGCUCCCGGUGGAGCUCCUGCCACAGGAGGAGGCCCUCCUCCUCCUCCUCCCCCUCCUCCUCCUCCUGCUAGCAUCUACGAGACAGACUCUGCUGCUCCUGCUGCUCCUUCUGGUGGUAUGGGUGCAGUGUUUGCUGACCUGUCCAAGGGCGAGGCUGUCACUGCUGGUCUGCGAAAGGUCGACAAGAGCGAAAUGACCCACAAAAACCCCGAUCUGCGAAAACAGGACCCUGUUGGCGCCUCCGGAAAGGCAGCUCGACCUCUUCCUCCCAAAAAGCCCGGAUCUUUGUCUAAGGCCACUCCUGCUGCCCCUGCCCCCAAGCAGCGACCCGCCAAGACCGAGCUGCUUGACACGAAAUGGUUUGUUGAGAACUACGAGGGCGACCAGAACAUUGUCAUCGAGGGCGAGAUGAACCAGGGUGUCAUGAUCGAGAACUGCAACAACUCAACGGUGCAGAUCAAGGGCAAGGUGUCGGCUGUGUCUCUCAACAACUGUAAGAAGCUUGGUCUUCUGGUGGAGAACCUGGUUUCUGGAGUUGACGUGAUUCGAUGCAAGGACUACGCCAUCCAGGUGACUGGUGUUACCCCCAUGGUCACUAUUGACCAGAGUGACGGAGGACAGAUCUAUCUGUCCAAGGAGAGCAUUGGUGCUGAGGUGUAUACUUCGCAGACCACUUCCUUAAACAUCAACAUCCCCACCGACGAUGGAGACUAUGAGGAAGUGCCUGUUCCCGAGCAGCUCAUCCACAAGAUUGUCAACGGCAAGCUCGUCACCUCUGUUGUUGAUCACAGCAGUGGUUAA